AUGAGCUACUAUCUCGAGGUUCUUAUUAUAGAACUUGGUGUGGGAAGUUUCGGGGCUAUCCUCAAAGCUCCCUUACCCGCUUUCUCGUUAGCUGUAAAACUGGAGAACCAUGGUCCAUAUAUACGACCGGUAAGUUAGUUCUAAUUUAUAUUACUAGAAUAAUGACGCAAACUUUGACUCUACAUACCAGAGCCAAAUUCUCGUCAAAGCUAUCAAAGAUAAAAACAGAACCUGA